AUGGCGACGGAGGUCGCCGUUGUUCCUGGCACGAGGACGCCGGUGUCAGUGCUGGUUCUCAUGGCACUGACCGUGGUCUGCCUAUCCGCAAACGGCGCGGCGGCGCAGCAGGCAAGCGGCGUGGCGGCGACGUACAACCUGUACAACCCAGAGAAGAUCAACUGGGACCUGCGCGCCGCCAGCGUCUUCUGCGCGACGUGGGACGCCGACAUGCCGCUGGCGUGGCGGCAGAGGUACGGCUGGACGGCGUUCUGCGGCCCCGCCGGCGCGCACGGCCAGCCGUCCUGCGGCCGCUGCCUCCAGGUGACGAACAGGGCGACGGGGGCGCGUACGGUGGCGAGGGUGGUGGACCAGUGCGCCAAUGGCGGGCUCGACCUUGACGCUGCCGUGUUCCAGCAGAUCGACACCGACAGAGGCGGCGCCGCCAACGGCCACCUCGUCGUCGACUAUGAGUUCGUCGGCUGCCAAGACUAAAUGUGCAUGGGAAAUCAGUAGCCCCAGCAAGAAAUAAAACGCAGUCGAAAUCAAUACUACUCGAGGCCUACAGCACGUGUUGUUUUCCGAUUCUGAAUAUCUCGUCAUCAUGUAACUCAUAAUCGAUAGUCGCAAUGACAGCUUUUUAUGUCCAUCAAAGGCACGUAAUCUGGCUACUGAAUAACAAAUUAGUUCAUAUAAACAUCUUCAGCAAGUAGGCGCGUGCCAUCGCGUUCAGUAUUGGUUUUGACGCUCCUAUGUUUGAUAGCAAAGUAUUGUACGAGUCUGUUGUUUCUCACCGUUAUAGCCAAAUAUAGGUUAGAAGGCACCA